UCUUCCGGGGGAGGGGGCGGUGGUCCCGACUUGGCCCGCCGCCUGCUGGAGGGGCGCAGCGGGGAGCGGGGGGAUGCGAGCCCGGCUCCCCCCACCAUGAUGAAGACGGAGCCGCGGGGGCCCGGGGGUCCCCUCCGGAGCGCCUCCCCGCACCGCAGCGCCUACGAGGCCGGCAUCCAGGCGCUGAAGCCGUCCGACGCGCCCGGGCCAGACGAGGCACCCAAGACGGCCCACCAUAAGAAAUAUGGCUCCAACGUCCACCGCAUCAAAAGUAUGUUCCUGCAGAUGGGCACCCCGGCUGGGCCGCCGGGCGAAGCGGGCGGCGGGGCCGGCCUGCCCGAGGCCCCGCGCGCCUCGGACCGCGGUGUGCGCCUGUCGCUGCCGCGGGCCAGCAGCCUGAACGAGAACGUGGACCACAGCGCGCUGCUCAAGCUGGGCACCAGCGUGUCGGAGCGCGUGAGCCGCUUCGACUCCAAGCCCGCGCCCUGCGCUCAGCCCGCGCCGCCGCCACACGCGCCGUCCCGGCUGCAGGAGACGCGGAAGCUGUUUGAGCGCAGCGUCCCCGCGGCCGCGGGGGGCGACAAGGAGGCCGCAGCGCGCCGGCUGCUGAGGCAGGAGCGCGCCGGCCUGCAGGACCGGAAGCUGGACGUCGUGGUGCGCUUUAACGGCAGCACCGAGGCGCUGGAUAAGCUGGACACCGACGCCGUGUCGCCCACGGUCAGCCAGCUCAGCGCCGUCUUCGAGAAGGCCGACUCGAGGACCGGCCUCCACCGAGGACCCGGGCUGCCCAGGGCCGCGGCUGCAGGGGUGCCCCCCUUGCACUCCAAGCUGGUCAGCAAGCGGUCCCGCGUGUUCCAGCCGCCGCCGCCGCCAGCACCGCCCGCGCCGUCGGGGGAUGCCCCGGCCGAGAAGGAGCGCGGCCCCGGGGGGCACCCGCCCCCACAGCACCGCGUGGCCCCCGCGCGGCCGCCCCCCAAGCCUCGGGAGGUGCGCAAGAUCAAGCCGGUGGAGGUGGAGGAGAGCGGGGAGUCGGAGGCCGAGUCGGCGCCCGGGGAGGUGAUCCAGGCCGAGGUGACGGUGCACGCGGCACUGGAGAAUGGUAGCCCUUCGGCCACCCCAGCCAGCCCCGCGCCCGAGGAGCCCAAGCCCCCCGCAGCCCCGGAGGAGGAGGAAGCGGCGGCUCCGGCGGUGGAAGCCGCGCCAGAGAGAGGGGUGGGCAAUGGCCGGGCCCCGGACGUGGCCCAGGAAGAGGUGGAUGAGUCCAAGAAGGAGGACUUCUCGGAGGCGGACUUGGUGGAUGUGAGCGCCUAUAGUGGGCUUGGGGAAGACUCCGGGGGGAGUGCCCUGGAGGAGGACGAAGACGAAGACGAGGAGGACGGAGAGCCCCCCUACGAGCCCGAGUCGGGGUGCGUGGAGAUCCCGGGGCUCUCGGAAGAAGAAGACCCGGCCCCGAGCCGAAAGAUCCAUUUCAGCACCGCACCGAUCCAAGUGUUUAGCACCUACUCCAACGAGGACUACGACCGGCGCAACGAGGAUGUGGAUCCCAUGGCCGCGUCCGCCGAGUACGAGCUGGAGAAGCGGGUAGAGAGGUUGGAGCUGUUCCCUGUGGAGCUGGAGAAGGACUCCGAGGGCCUGGGCAUCAGCAUCAUCGGCAUGGGCGCCGGGGCCGACAUGGGACUGGAGAAGCUGGGAAUUUUCGUCAAGACCGUGACCGAGGGCGGCGCUGCCCACCGGGAUGGCAGGAUCCAGGUGAACGAUCUCCUGGUGGAGGUGGACGGAACGAGUCUGGUGGGAGUGACACAGAGCUUCGCAGCUUCAGUGCUCAGGAACACCAAGGGCCGAGUGAGGUUUAUGAUUGGCCGGGAGCGGCCGGGCGAGCAGAGUGAAGUGGCCCAGCUGAUCCAGCAGACUCUGGAACAGGAGCGAUGGCAGCGGGAAAUGAUGGAGCAGAGAUACGCCCAGUACGGGGAGGACGACGAGGAGACGGGGGAGUAUGCCACCGACGAGGACGAGGAGCUGAGCCCCACCUUCCCAGGCGGUGAGAUGGCCAUCGAGGUGUUCGAGCUGGCAGAGAACGAGGACGCGCUGUCCCCUGUGGACAUGGAGCCCGAGAAGCUGGUGCACAAGUUCAAGGAGCUCCAGAUCAAACACGCUGUGACCGAGGCGGAGAUCCAGCAGCUAAAAAGGAAGCUUCAGAGCCUGGAGCAGGAAAAGGGGCGCUGGCGGGUGGAGAAGGCGCAGCUGGAGCAGAGCGUGGAGGAGAACAAGGAGCGCAUGGAGAAGCUGGAGGGCUACUGGGGCGAGGCCCAGAGCCUGUGCCAGGCCGUGGAUGAGCACCUGCGGGAGACGCAGGCCCAGUACCAGGCCCUGGAGCGGAAAUACAGCAAGGCCAAGCGCCUCAUCAAGGAUUACCAGCAGAAGGAGAUCGAGUUCCUGAAGAAGGAGACCGCACAGCGGCGGGUGCUGGAGGAGUCGGAGCUGGCCCGGAAGGAGGAAAUGGACAAACUCCUGGACAAGAUCUCAGAACUGGAAGGCAACCUGCAAACACUGAGGAAUUCCAACUCUACUUAACAGGAGUCAUUCCUUGACUGGACAAUAAUAAUCCCCUCCCACUGUCCCUGCUCCCCUGUCCCCAAUAUCCUCCCCGCCCCCUACCAGCCUGGGGACAGGUGCCCCGACUCCCCCACCCCUCCGCCCCACCUCCUCCAGCUUCAGGGACCAGAGGGCCCAUUUCACAGGCCCCCUCUCGGUGGCCCAGGCAGACAGCGGUGGCUGGAAGGGCGGCCUCCUAUUCGCCCUGUGGGGCUGAGGCACAAGGGCUGAGGGAAGCCAAGGGCUGGCCUGGGUGGCGGAUGGACACAAGGACCUGCAGACCAAACUGCCAGACUCUACAACCUCCAGCCUUCGUCUCUGGACUGGAGUGGGGCUGGGGCUCCCCCGGCAUCUCACCAACUGGAGGCUGCUCCCUGCCUGUGGGGCUCCUGGGUGGCCCCUGGGUCUCUUGACUUGAGAUUCUACCUUCGUGGCCCUCCCUGUCCGCAUCAUCGUGCUGUCUGUCGCGUUCCCACCCUCCCUCUUGGGGGGUUGCCUCGACACCUCCUGUCCCUGCUCCCUAUCCCGGGAGGGAUAGAGUCCCCCCCACAGCCCGGAGGCUGGGCCUGGCCCUGCACUGACCUCCCCUGGAUCCUUCUGGAAACGGGGUGAGAGUAGGGAAAGGGGAGAGUCCAGGACACCUGGUCCCCAGCUCCCUCCUGGCAAGGGCGGCCGCCCUGACUCCCGACUCCCUGUGCCUCUCCUUGCCCAGGUGCCAAAUAGCCAUAACCUCCUCCUCCUGGAACUGCUCCCGCCUCUGGGGCCCGGGGGUCCUGGCUGAGCCUGGGAAUGCCCGGGAGGAAAGGGGGUCAGCUUGGGGGCCUGGUCCUUGGCAGUGGCCACUUUUCUCGUUGGAGAGCCAGACCCGCCCCGCCUGCCCUGCCCUGCCCUGCCCUCCCAGGGCCACAUCUGGAAGCCUUGAGCGAACAUCACAGAGAUUCAGCCUCAACCGACCUUCAACCCCCACCGGUUUCCCAUAUUUUGACUGGAGGGCAAAAUUUUACUACUUCUCAUCUUUUUGGAGACCAGGGCUGCCCCCUGGUGGCAGCCUGCUUUCUAAGUGAAACCGACUCCCCCAUUUUAAUCCCAAAUUAGGGCUUGGACCAAGGGAGGUAAGACACACCCCCCUCCCCUAUAAAAUCCAUUUUUGCCACUUCCUCUCGCCUCUGCCCUGAGCCUGGGUUUUGGUUCAUUUUUUAAAAAAAUCUACCCUGUUCCAUUCGUUUCAGCUUCUCCUUGUCCCCUGUAAAUUCGACAUGCCAUCGAUCAGUAUUGCCCGUCCCUCGCCCCCUUCCUCCCCCCCCCCCCCCCGCCCCAAAGUGCUGGCUGUCUCGGUGCCCCGCCCAUGCGCUUUGCCCGGGCAGAUGGAGGGGCGGGGUCGCGGGCGCUUCCGGCUUCCCGGCUCGCGGCUGCCCCUGCCCCGCCCUUGGAGGACCCAGUCUCUGUAUAUAAUAUAUAUAUGUAUGUAUUGUUCCCGGUUUUGUACGGACCAUGCCCUCUGUCAGGUCGUCCCCAUAAAUGCAGCCCCAGAGCUUG